CCGCCAUAUUGGAGCCAGUGGCCGUACCCAUAGAGGCCGUACCCUUCUCCUCCCUGUCAGCAGCGAGCCGCCAUAUUGGAGCCAGCGGCCGUACCCACCUACUCCCUGUCAGCAGCGAGCCUCCUCUAGUAGCUCUAGGAAACCCAGAGAGUGAGACGUGGGCUGCUCCCUUCGCCCUGUUCGGCUUAACGGCAACACAAUACAUUCCGCACCAUGGCUGCCACGGACGUUGACAUAUUCUCAAAUGAGGAGAAGCGCAACCUCAACCUGGGGGGCCAUGUUGGGUUCGACAGCCUGCCCGACCAGCUGGUCAGUAAAUCGGUCACACAGGGUUUCUGCUUCAACAUCCUGUGCGUAGGCGAGACGGGCAUCGGCAAGUCCACGCUGAUGAACACACUGUUCAACACCAUGUUCGAGAACGAGGAGGCCAGCCACUACCAGAACAGCGUCUACCUCCGGCCGCGAACCUACGACCUGCAGGAGAGCAACGUGCACCUCAAGCUCACCAUUGUAGACACGGUGGGCUUCGGUGACCAGAUCAACAAAGAGGACAGCUACAAGCCCAUCGUGGACUACAUCGACACCCAGUUCGAGAACUAUCUGCAGGAGGAGCUGAAGAUCAAGCGAUCGCUCUUCAACUACCACGACACGCGCAUCCACAUCUGCCUCUACUUCAUCGCCCCCACGGGCCACUCCCUCAAGUCCCUGGACCUGGUCACCAUGAAGAAGCUGGACAGCAAGGUCAACAUCAUCCCCAUCAUCGCCAAGGCGGACACCAUCUCCAAAAGCGAGCUCCACAAGUUCAAGAUCAAGAUCAUGAGCGAGCUGGUGAGCAACGGGGUGCAGAUCUACCAGUUCCCCACGGACGACGAGGCCGUCACCGAGAUCAACGCCUCCAUGAACGCCCAUCUGCCCUUCGCCGUGGUGGGCAGCGUGGACGAGGUGAAGGUGGGGAACAAGACGGUGCGGGCCAGACAGUACCCCUGGGGCGUGGUGCAAGUGGAGAACGAGAGCCACUGUGACUUUGUGAAGCUGCGGGAGAUGCUGAUCCGGGUGAACAUGGAGGACCUGCGGGAGCAGACGCACGCCCGCCACUACGAGCUGUACCGCCGCUGCAAGCUGGAGGAGAUGGGCUUCAAGGACACGGACCCCGACUGCCAGCCCUUCAGCCUCCAGGAGACGUACGAGGCCAAGAGAAAGGAGUUCCUGGGUGACCUGCAGCACAAGGAGGAGGGCAUGAGGCAGAUGUUCGUCAGCAAGGUCAAGGAGACAGAGGCGGAGCUGAAGGAGAAGGAGCGCGAGCUACACGACAAGUUUGAGCAGCUGAAGCGGCUGCAUCAGGAGGAGAAGAGGAAGGUGGAGGAGAAGAGGAGAGACCUGGAGGAGGAGAUGAACGCCCACAACAGGAAGAAGGUGGCGGCGGAGACGCUGGCCCUCGCCCAGCCGCUGAAGAAAGACAAGGACCGGAGGAAGCCGCUGAACACAGAGAACCAGUCCGGAGUGAGCGCCUCCAACUCCAAGGUGAUGAUGGCCAAGGCCAGCGUGGAGCCCUUGAACUGCCACAGCUGGUGGCACGCCAUACAGUGCUGCACCUGCCUGGUCCACAACGCCACCUGGAAGCCCGGGGGUCUCUUCUGAUGCGGACCCCGACCCGGGUCAAUGGACAGGACGAACUGGGGGUGUUCGGCGACCAGCAGGGCGUGGAACUGAAGGGCGAGGUAGAGGGCGAGAGAGAGAGAGAGCGAGCAGUGAAUGCAUGUUAGACUGAGACGACAAAGAGAGACCAAAGUAUCUAAGAGGUCACAUCGUCCCCAUCGUCGACCAGCCAUCCAUCACCCACAAAACCUUCCCUUUGAUUUCCAUGGUGGCCACUUUCGCGAGACAAAUCUCAAUAAGGCUUAAACGCAGUAGUAUUGCAAAGUUCUGCUUUGACCUCGUAUUGGUAGCCCCUAUUCUGCAGCCCUUCUUCCAGUCCUCCCCGGGGUCUGACCUCGGAGACGAUGCAUGGCAGCCAGGCGCGAGGACUGGACCCCGUAUAGCUCGACAAGCCGUCAGGAGUCAUUUUCACACCCAACAUUAAACAGGUUUCCUGCCGUUUCUCUAGCAUGGGCAAAUUACAUCCAUUAAGUACCAUACGAUUGGUUUGUACGUAGAGCAGGUUUAUAUGUAGAUCAAUAUCUUACCAUAACUUUUGUACAAAAAUGGUCUGUCUUGGUGUUAAGUACUUCUUAAUGUAAGUGGUAUGAGGCGACUUUGACCGGUGGAUGUGAGAUGACUAUUCAGUAAUACUCUUUUGAACGGCCCCUCCUCAGAGGUUAAGUGUAAGCUGCUUUGAUGUACGUGCAGUGAAUAUAAUUGUUUGCUGUAAUGUAAUCGUGACAUCCAAGGCAACUAAAUGUUAUAUGGAUACGUUGAAAUUUAAAAAUUUUCGUGAGCCUUGUUAGAUCAAGGCGCAUCGAGGAUUGACAGAAUGAGGAGGCCAGUAUUAUGGUCAUUUGAAUCCAGAAACCAUGGUCACGAUCCGGUUAAUAGCCUUAAGCAGACCAUGAACAGAAAGAGUCCUGCAAAAGGACUUGGCGGGCUAUGUCUCUGGUGGAAGUAGCAAUGGGACCCAUAUGGUCGAUUUGAUAUAUUUGAUAUAUGUACUUGGUUUCAACCCAUUCAUUCACUAUGGCUUUCCCUGUCGUAAAAAUGUAACAAAUUAAUCCAGAUUAUUCUGGAAGGCAGAUACAACAGAUUUGAUGAAAUGUGGGUUACACUUUUACAAAAAUCGAUAUUAUAAAAGUGACCCUGAUCUGCGUGCCAGUCUCAGGUGGUCGGGUAUUAGACCUUCCCUUAUUUUUUCACAUAAUUGAUUCCUCCCUUCUAAAACAAUCCAGAUUGCGUCGUGAAGUGAGUGGGAAAUGCAUGGGUCAACGUGUUUGAUUCAUUUCAAAUCGGGGCACCAUUGUGGAUUUAGGGUGACAAAUAUUGGUUUUAUGGAUUGCUGUUUUGAAAGACAACAUAAAAUAUGACUAUUUAUAUACAUGGUAAUGCAAAGAAGUAAUUUUUCCAGAGGCAAUGCAAUGAGUAUUUACAAUAGUCAAGAAGCAUUUAUUUAAAUAAAUAUGCUUAUAAAUGUACCUUUAUUUUACUAGAAGUUUGAAAUGAGUUAUAUUUAUUUACUUUGAAGAGAGGGUUUUGUAAUGACUAUAGUGAAGUGCUUUAAGAACCCAUGGGUUCAAUGUAUAUUUAAGAGCACAUUUACCAGAUACCCAUUCUACAGAUCCUACAAAAACCGCAACCCAUCAAUUCCAAGUAUGCGAGUUUACUGAAUCACACCAAUCAUCAUCUGCAAGUUGUCAGGAAUGAUGGUGGUCCUCAAAACUUUUCUCUUGGUGGUUAAGACUAUAAAUUUGCAUCCACCAACCACCUAACAUUCAAACUGGUUACACACACACACACACACACACACGCACACGCACACACGCACACACGCACACACGCACACACACACACAUAUACAUAUGAACAACCCAAAGCCUAAAGCAGUGCUCAACCUAAUUAUCAAACAUGAUAUGUUUUUCACAUAAUCUUUUAGCGUUGAAACUGGCGUUUGGUGUUUGUGUCCCUGUCCUUAACACUGACAGGUUUCAGUGUGCUCCAGGGGAUAAGCAGAACUAGUAAAUGAUGACGGGUCUGCCCCCGCAGGCAAAGAAACAAAAUUAGAAAAAGAAAGGGUUUGCCCAAAGCAAAACUCAAGUUAAAAGGGGUUGGAGGACGGUUACUGUCACAGACAAACUAGUUCUGACUAAAUAUUCAGCCAUUAGAAUGCAAAUCGUGGUUCCACCAAACAGGAGGUUCAAAACCAGACAGACAGCCUACUGAACUCGGGCCGUCAAACACAGAUAAAGAACAAAACAAAACAAACGUUGCAAUAGCCAUAAAUAACUCAAAGUGAAGAAUAAUUCAGGGGUCGAGUCCUCCUCUAAAUACAGCACUUCAUAUCCUUUAAAAUCCUCACAUUAAAUAUUCUUUGGAAGGAUCAAACCUAAAGAUCAUCAAUUGCACGGGCUUAGAUUUGAAUAUUGCCCCCAGCCAAACGAGUGUUGAAGGAGAAAAGGGGAACUAGUAGACGAGGGGAAUAAAAGCAUUAUGAAGUGCGGUCCCAGUUGGGAUGGCAAGUUGAGGUGGUUCGUGGGCAUUCUUAUGAAAAGCAUUAAUACGUUAUUGUUUAACAGUUUCACAUUGUGUACAACAGAGUUGCCAUAAACAUAAUCUAGAACUAGACAGGGAGCUUAAGGCCUUUUGUUUGUAACAAAUACACCUUCACUGGUCACAAAAGUGUAUCAUUCCCACUGUAGUGAAAGGUCUUUUGAGGUCGUCAGAAAAGUGCCUGAAAUAUAAUGUUAUUACCAUUGAUUUAUUUCUAUUUCUUUGGUUAGACAGAAACCAUGUGACAGAUUAUAUGUUGUAUUUGAUGUCACAAGCGCACGUUGGCAUUUCCCCCAUACUCUCCAAAAGUAAAAUAUCACUACAAUUGUAUUUUGAGUUAUUUUAAUUAACUGAGUUAGAUGUAUGUUUUGUUGUGUGCGACAUGGCCGCCGGCCGUUCCUUCUCCUUACCUGGAGGAGCCUCUGUUGCAUCACAUGCCACUUUCUCACAGUACUUUUGAUAUAACUGGUGAACUAAAUAUUAUGCAUUUGGGCUCUACGGACGGUGCCCAUAUUUCCGUUAAAACAUCCACUUUCUAUUUGUUUAAAUACGGUUCACUGUGAUGGCAAGUGUUUUUUCUUUCUCUUUCUUUUCUGGCACUCACUGUAGCAUCCUCGUGUGACCGUCAGCAAAACAAAAAAAAGCAUUGUUUGACCAAUCAGGUUGACGUCCAAAAAUAAGAUAAUAAGAUAUGAGAUAAGACUGGCGCUUGUGCUUCUCUGCGUCUGGCGAGCAGAUAUGCUGCAGACAUCCUGACUUACUAUGUGAAUGAAAUCCACCGGUGUCGCUGUGUACAGAUCCCAGUGCAGCUUGUCGAGAAUGAUCCGCUCCAUGCGAAGGAUCUCGGCGAUGGAGAAAUGGCAGCCGCUGCGUUCCACCAGGUCCUUAACAGAGCCUAUCACCUGUUAGUACAAGAUAAGACCAGAAACAUGAAUAAAAACCCUUUUCUCAAGUAA